AUGGCGACUCACGAAGAGACGAAGCCUCACUUUGAGCAUGAGGAGCCCUUCGCCGGCAAGGAGGGCGUCGGCAAGGUGACUGAGGUCAACGCGACCUCCGUUGCCCUGGCUGCCGCCAUGGCCGAGCAGAAGCCCAACAUUUGGAGCGCGAACAUGAUCCGUCUGUACAUGAUCAUGGGUAUUGGCUACCUCGUCUCGACCAUGAACGGCUUCGACAGUUCCCUCAUGGGCGCCAUCAACGCCAUGCCCCAAUACCAGGAGAGCUUCGGCCUCACGGGUGCCGGUUCCACGACCGGCAUUGUCUUCAUGAUCUACAACGUCGGCCAGGUUGUGGCCUUCCCCUUCUGCGGUUGGCUCGCUGACGGCUACGGUCGUCGAAUCUGUAUCUUUGUCGGCUGUGCUAUCGUGCUCAUCGGAACUGCUAUCCAAACUCCUGCCACCUCCCUCGGCAUGUUCAUUGGCGGCAGAUUUAUUCUCGGCUUCGGCGCUUCGAUCGCUUCAGCUGCUGGUCCUGCCUACACCGUCGAGCUCGCUCACCCGGCCUACAGAGGUUUCAUGGCUGGCAUGUACAACAACUUCUGGUGGCUCGGAAACAUUCUGGCUGGCUGGACCACCUACGGCUCCAACCUUCAUCUCGACAACUCCUGGGCUUGGCGCACCCCCACCGUCAUCCAAGCCGGUCUCCCCGGUGUCGUCAUGGCGCUCAUUCUCUUCUUCCCCGAGUCUCCUCGUUGGUUGAUCUCUCACGACCGUGCCGAAGAGGCCCUCGCCAUUCUCGCCAAGUACCAUGGUGACGGCAACGCCAACGCCCCCGUCGUGCAGCUCCAGUACCACGAAAUCGUCGAGGACAACAAGCUGACCAAGGACGAGAACCCGUGGUGGGACUACCGCGAGCUCGUUAACACCCGCGCCGCGCGCUACCGUCUCUUCAUGGUCAUCGCCAUGUCCUUCAUUGGCCAGUGGUCCGGUAACAACGUCGUCAGCUACUUCAUGCCUGAGAUGAUCAAGCAGGCCGGCAUCACCAACACCGACACCCAGCUCCUCCUCAACGCCAUCAACCCCAUCUUCUCCAUGAUCGCCGCCAUCUACGGUGCCUCUCUCCUUGACAAGCUCGGCCGUCGCAAGAUGAUGUUGGCUGGUCUCAGCGGUGGUCUCAUCUCCUACAUCCUCCUCACCGCCUUCACCGCCUCCUCGGAGAAGACCCCUGACCUGUCCUACGGCGUCAUUGUGUCAAUCUAUCUCUUCGGCAUCUGCUUCGCCUGGGGUUUCACUCCUCUCCAGACCCUGUACUCGGUCGAGUGCCUCGAGAACCGCACCCGUGCUCGUGGCUCCGGUCUCAACUUCCUAUUCCUCAACAUCGCCAUCAUGGUCAACAGCUAUGGUAUCUCUGUCGGCAUGGAGAAGAUUGGCUGGAAGCUGUACAUCGUCUACAUUGCCUGGAUCUGCAUUGAGAUGGUCAUCAUCUUCUUCUUCUUCGUCGAGACCGCUGGCAAGACGCUUGAGGAGCUCAAGGUCGUCUUCGAGGCUCCCAACCCCCGCAAGGAGUCCACCAAGAAGACCACGGUUUCUGUUGACGAGGUCGGCAAUGUUGUCGGAAUUCGCGAGUAA